AUGAGCGGCAGCUCUAGCCAGUCCACUCGUACGAGUCCCGGGUCUUUUAGAACUACACAGCUCACAGAGUCCGUGUCAUCUGGUUCGCCCCCACAACAGUCACUCCCUUCUUCGCAGGCGUCUUUGACGACUCAGCAUGCGAUGUCGACCGACGUGUAUAAUCCGAAUGCGUCGCAAGCGCCAUCAUCUAUGAACCCUACUUUCUCAUACCCUUUCUCCCCUAUUGGUACAACUGCUUCAUUCGAUAACAACAUGCGCUUGGAUAACGAUCGCAACCUCCAGGGCCUGAAUGGCUUUAAUCGCGGAAACGGAGGCGCGAUUCUCAUGCGCAAACUGCCGCGAAACACGAGUCGCGAAGCAUUGCGCAGCAUGCUUCUUUUCGCCAAAGACUUUGUGGACGCAGACUUUGUGACCCUGGAUCUGCCCGAGGAUGAUGGGUUCUUGACCGCGAUUGCGCGAUUCAUUACUUUGCCGGCCGCCGAAGAGGCCAGAUCCCUCCUCGAUGGCAAGCCGAACUCCAAAAAUGACGCCAACAUGGUCGUCGAGAUGUACCCCGGUCCGAUGGGAGCGAAUCUGUCCAAUACGCGCCGUAACACCAUCGAUCACACCGCAAGUCGUGCGUUAAUGGGUGCCUCGAACGGUCCCCUUGCCCGUCAAUCGUCGCGCUUCAACGGCACUUUCCAAAGCUUAGAGAGGCUCUCCAACGCCAACCCCAACCAGACUAUCGGCGAAGGACUUCCGACCUCUGAAUCAGGCUCGCGUAUGCACAGCCUUUUCUCCCCACAAUCUCCGAUCGGAAAUGGCAUCGAUAACCUCCCACGUAUAACCGGAAAGUCCAUGAUUGAUGAAGACCCGGACGAAGAGACCGGCGAGCUGCUCAAGGAUCCGGUGGGCUACGCAGAGAAUGGCCAUUCUACCAAUGUCUCCUCGGGGCGCCGGGCCACCAACCCCCAAAUCCCGACCAAUCGCUUUGCCAAUAUGUCCCUGUCGAACAACAUGUCCUCACCACCUUUGCAGAACUACCCUGGGGGUGGCCCGCAACGCAUGGGUGGUGGAACACCCGCAUCUGCAUACCCAAACCAAGGUCAUGGUUUCCCAUACAACGCUCAGCACACACCACGCCACAGCCUCCCCGCUGCAAACCCGAAUGACCUGAAUCCUCCUUGCAACACUCUGUACGUGGGCAACUUGCCACCGGAUACUUCCGAGGAGGAACUUAAAGCCCUUUUCUCCAAACAGCGCGGGUACAAGCGACUCUGUUUCCGAAACAAGCAGAACGGACCCAUGUGCUUUGUUGAAUUCGAUGAGGUCGCCAUGGCCAGCAAAGCGCUCAACGAGCUGUACGGCUACAAGCUGUCCAACAGUGUCAAGACUGGCAUCCGUCUCAGCUUCUCAAAGAACCCCUUGGGCGUGCGCUCUGGUCAACCCGGCAGCAUGAACUCGUCCAACUCGGUAUCUGGACAAGGCGCAGUCCCUGGAGGCAGCAGCUUGAGUGGAAUGCACAACAACAUGUUCUCGGCUGUCAACGGCCCCCCUCCCGGGCUGGCAGCACCCCCUGGUCUUGGCAUGCCCAUGCCUGCGCCCCCGAUGCGCAACGGUACCUCUAUGCACACCCCCGUCAAUCCGCAUUCUGGACUGAUGGGCAAUGCCUCAUACAACCCCAACUCGGGCCUGGGAAUCCGAAACGGAGCUAAUUCAAUGAUGAUGUCGCCGCCGCCGCCGCCUCCUUCUAAUUCUGGCGGCAACAACAACGCGGCACCAAACCUGAACGGCUAUAAUUCCUUUUACCCUGACUACAUGAUGGGUCGCUAA